AUGACCUCAUGUGUCUCAGUCCUCAGUGCAAGUGGACCCCACAAGCCUCGUUUACAUCUCUUCAAGAGAAAAAUAACCUACACGAUCCCGCACAGCGCCUCCAUUCCCUCCGGCUCUGUGACUGAGUUGAAGUUCGCAGGCCGGUCCCCGUCUCCACCCUCAGGGGGUGAGAAUCAGGGAAGCGAGUUCCUGAACCCCUUUUUAACCUUAUGGUCGUGCACCAGCGGAGAUGAUACGGACAAGGAAUUAGAUUCCGACUCCACCGCCUGGAUCGUUUGGCUCGAGUAUACGAAUGGAACGACGGGCGUGAUCAAGAACGGCGCGGAUGGGCGGAAUGCCUGUACCAGGAUGGCGUUGCAGAAGACCGGUUAUGGUGGCGAUGAAAGGGCUUGGACAUAA